AAUCAGAACUCAAUUCCUCCACAUAUAUGCUCUGCAAACUGCAACUCUGCAACUGCAUCCAUCGAUUGAUAGAUACAUGCACAUAGCUGCAUCUGCAUUUGUUUGUUCCUGUCACCUUUGUACCAUCCAAUUCCAACCCCACAUUUCAUCCUCGAUCUUUCUGGUUUGCCGAGCCAAACAGAGCAAGCACAGCUAGUAGCUAGCCAAUAUUCAGAUAAGAGAGUGGAGUCAGGAACUCAUUAGAAGAGACAUCUUUAAUUUGCUCAUGGCCAUUGGGACCCAAUCACCCAACACAUUUGAUAAUUGAUACUCCAUUUUGAUUCCUCUUCUUCCCCAGCUCUAGCUAUAUAUAAACCACUCCAAUGGCAGCACACAAAUUCAUGAAUUCCCAGUUCAGAGUUUCAGGUACUCUCAAUCUGAAACAUAUAGAGGAGCUAGUAGCAAAGAGAAGUAAUUAGAGUGAGCUUAAGUAGUAAUUAAUUAGAGGAGGUUAAUUAAUUAGGGAAGAUGAUAGGAUGGGGAGAUGUGUACAAGGUGGUGGGGGCAAUGGCGCCGCUGUACUUCGCGCUGGGGCUAGGGUACGGGUCGGUGAGGUGGUGGAGGUUCUUCACGGCGGAGCAGUGCGCCGCCAUCAACACCAUGGUGGUCUACUUCUCCAUGCCCUUCUUCACCUUCGACUUCGUCGUCCGCACCGACCCGUUCGCCAUGAACUACCGCGUCAUCGCCGCCGACGCGGUGUCCAAGGCGAUCGCCAUCGCCGCCAUGGCGGCGUGGGCGCGCACGCGCUGCGGCUGCGCCGCCGCCAAGGCCGGGGCGCAGUCGUGGUCCAUCACCGGGUUCUCCCUCGCCGCGCUCAACAACACGCUCGUCGUCGGCGUGCCGCUGCUCGACGCCAUGUACGGGAGGUGGGCGCAGGACCUCGUGGUGCAGAUCGCCGUCGUGCAGUCCAUGGUGUGGUUCCCGCUCCUGCUCAUGGCGUUCGAGCUCCGCAAGGCCUGGGUCGUCGGCGGCGGCGGCGGCGUCGGGCCGGCGGUGAUGUCGUCGUCGUCGCCGCCGGAGAAGCAGAGCGACGUCGAGAUGAACGGCGCCGUCGUCGCGGCGCCGGGCGGCGGCGGCGGCGUCCGGCUACCGUUCUGGGCGACGGCGAGGACGGUGGGGCUGAAGCUGGCGAGGAACCCGAACGUGUACGCCAGCGUUCUCGGCGUCGUGUGGGCGUGCAUCGCGUACAGGUGGCACCUGAGCUUGCCGGGGAUCGUGACGGGGUCGCUGCAGGUGAUGUCCAGGACUGGCACGGGGAUGUCCAUGUUCAGCAUGGGGUUGUUCAUGGGGCAGCAGGAGAGGGUGAUAGCGUGCGGGGCGGGGCUGACGGCGCUGGGGAUGGCGCUGCGGUUCGUCGCCGGUCCGCUCGCCACGCUCGUCGGCGCCGCCGCCCUCGGCCUCCGCGGCGACGUCCUGCACCUCGCCAUCAUACAGGCCGCACUGCCUCAAUCGAUUGCUUCCUUCGUUUUCGCAAAGGAGUAUGGGCUUCAUGCCGAUGUACUCAGCACGGCGGUUAUAUUCGGAACAUUGAUCUCUCUGCCGAUUCUGAUUGCAUAUUACGCGGUUCUGGGCUUUGUCUAACAUGCAUUUACAGCACGGCAUGCUUACUUAUAUUAGAUUUGCUUCGGUCCAACAAAAAUUAUCUCGAGAUACCGAUACCUCACGGUACCGAUAACUCAUCUGCUCAGCUAGAUCCAACGAUCGAAAAUAAUUUGGUACCGUGAGGUACCGGUAUUUCGAGAUACUUUUUGUUGGACGAUAACAAACCUCUAAUUACAUUGGAUGCUGAGAUCUAAACCAAUGUGGAGCGUCAAUGACGCAACAGAAGGAUGUUAAUUAAUCAGAGUACUUCAGCAAUAGAGAGUUUCAGUGUUGCAAGCUCUGAUUAAUGAUCUAAUAUUCCAAUUAGUCGAUAUUGUAUUUCGAGCAAAGUAAAUAAUAAAGUUUUCAACAGUUUUGCUACCUAA